GAAAUACCUGGUAGUGUAACAUCCAAAGAAAUUUUUGGUAUAUUUGGUAUCAUCCACUUAAUUUCUUGUCCAUAUCUUAUUAUCAUUACUGGAAGAAGUCGCAUUGGUGAUAUUAAUGGAGAGACUAUUUGGAAAAUAAACAAAUUAGAGGUGCUAUCGUUUAGAAGAGGGACCUAUCAUUUAAAUGAAGAGCAGCAAAAUAUAAACAAGCAUUACGUCUCUCUACUCGAAUAUGCAUGCAGCAUGGAGGGUCUUUACUUUUCAUACACUUACGAUAUUACACACACAUUACAACGCCUUCAAAAGACCAGCCCAGAAUUUAAAAGUAUGGCUUUAUAUGAAAGGGCUGACCAUAGAUUUGUUUGGAAUCUCCACGCUCUAAGAGAUCUAAUGGCACAACCUGAUCUACAACAAUAUAUCUUACCUGUUAUGUGUGGCUUUGUAUUUAUUAAAACAUGCACUAUAAAAAGAUACUCUGUCGACAUGAUAUUAAUAUCAAGGAGGAACAUUUUUAGAGUUGGAACGCGGUAUUUCACCCGUGGAAUCGAUGAGGAUGGUAAUGUUGCAAACAAUGUUGAGACUGAACAGGCUAUUAUCUACAAUGGCAAUAAAUCAUCAUUUGUUCAAAUUCGCGGAUCUAUUCCUUUAUUCUGGAAACAAAGGCCUAAUCUGAAAUAUAAGCUAAAACCAGAAGUGAUGGCUGACGCUGAUCACGUAUGUCCUGCCAGUCGUCACUUUGAUCAGCAAAUUCUUCAAUACGGUCAUCAAACUUUAAUUGAUUUGAUUAAUCAAACAGGCAGCGAACAGUCUCUGGGUAUCGCUUACAAAGGAGUUGUUGAACAAAUCAAUUAUAAAGAAGUGAGGUACGAGGCAUUCGAUUUUCAUCAUGAGUGUAAGAAUAUGAAAUAUGAAAAGCUUUCAAUACUAUUAGAUCGCUUGGAGAGCGAUCGAGUUCGAUAUGGUUAUUUUAUGGUUCGAAAUGAUGGAUCAGUUGUUAGCGCUCAAACAGGGGCAUUCAGAACUAAUUGCAUUGAUUGUCUGGACAGAACUAACGUAGUACAAAGUAUGUUAGCGCAUCUUUCUGUUCAAGAUCAACUACAGCGACUGGGGAUCUUAAGUAGCGGAGAGAAAUUGUCUGAUCAGAAAGAAUUUCAAAACGUUUAUAUGAACGCCUGGGCGGACAAUGCAAAUACUGUUAGUACCCAAUACAGUGGAACUGGAGCUUUAAAAACAGACUUUACUCGAACUGGAAAACGUACAGUUGCUGGAGCGUUCAAUGAUUUCGUUAAUUCUGCUACAAGAUAUUAUAAGAAUAAUUUUACAGAUGGAUUUAGACUAGAUUCUUUAGCAUUACUUCUAGGUACUUAUAAUGUGAAUGUAAGAGAAGGCAUUGAUUUCCCCUCCCCAUUGAAGAAGGGACAAAGACGUAGACUUUUGCCUUUGAUAAUACUAUUUUGCCUUUCCAUGCUAAUGAUAUCGCUGGUUAUUCCGGAAACAAACUUACAAUUACAAUUUGGUUACGUCCUUUUUUGGGGUGUUGGCGUUUUGGUUACAUUGGGCUUCAUGUUUCGUAGUGGAACUGAUUUUGUAAACAUGCCUUCUCUUGUUUCGGUGUAA